GGCCCCGCCCCUCCCGCGGCCCCCGCCCCUUCUGCGGCCCCCGCCCCUCCCCACCUUCCCUUAACCUAGGGCACGACAGUGCGCCCGUGCCCCAUGUUCCUCCGAGCGGGUACGGCCGGGCUCUCUCCGCUUCGCCACACUCUCCGGCCUGUUCUGGUCGCCGCCAUGAGCACUGGCACCUUCAUCGUGUCUCAGCCGCUCAAUUACCGCGGCGGGGCCCGCGUGGAUCCGGUGGACGCCUCCGGCACCGAGAAGGCGUUAGAGCCAGCAACCGGGCGAGUGAUAGCUACUUUCACGUGUUCAGGAGAAAAGGAAGUAAAUUUAGCUGUUCAAGAUGCAAAGGCUGCCUUUAAACUAUGGAGUCAAAAAUCUGGCAUGGAACGUUGCCGAAUCCUUUUGGAGGCUGCCAGGAUAAUAAGGGAUCGGAAGGAUGAAAUCGCCACUGUGGAGACCAUCAACAACGGCAAGUCCAUCUUUGAGGCCCGCUGGGACAUUGACACUUCCUGGCAGUGCCUGGAGUACUAUGCAGGCUUAGCGGGAUCCAUGGCCGGCGAACACAUCCAGCUCCCCGGCGGAUCCUUUGGUUACACCAGAAGGGAACCACUAGGGGUGUGUGUCGGAAUAGGAGCGUGGAACUACCCCUUUCAGAUCGCCUGCUGGAAGUCGGCUCCAGCUCUGGCUUGUGGUAACGCCAUGGUCUUUAAGCCUUCUCCCUUCACACCUGUGUCCACACUGCUGCUGGCUGAAAUCUAUACUGAGGCCGGCGUGCCUCCUGGGCUCUUCAACGUGGUGCAAGGAGGGGCUGCCACAGGCCAGUUUCUGUGUCAGCAUCGCGAUGUGGCCAAAGUCUCCUUCACUGGAAGUGUGCCCACUGGCUCAAAGAUCAUGGAGAUGUCAGCUAAAGGAAUUAAACCUGUUACCUUGGAACUUGGAGGCAAGUCUCCACUGAUCAUCUUCUCAGAUUGUGAUAUGAAGAAUGCUGUGAAGGGGGCACUGAUGGCCAACUUCCUCACGCAAGGCGAGGUUUGUUGUAAUGGUACAAGGGUAUUUGUGCAAAAGGAAAUUCUUGAUCAAUUUUCAGAGGAAGUGGUGAAACAGACCCAAAGGAUAAAAAUUGGAGAUCCCCUUCUGGAAGAUACAAGGAUGGGUCCCCUGAUCAACCGACCACAUCUGGAGCGAGUCCUUGGGUUUGUUAAAGUGGCAAAGGAGCAGGGUGCUAAAGUAUUAUGUGGUGGAGACCUCUACGUACCUGAAGAUCCCAAAUUAAAGGAUGGGUAUUACAUGAGACCUUGUGUGUUAACUAAUUGUAGAGAUGACAUGACCUGUGUGAAAGAAGAGAUUUUUGGACCGGUUAUGUCCAUUUUAUCAUUUGACACUGAAGCUGAGGUUCUGGAAAGAGCCAAUGAUACCACUUUCGGACUAGCAGCUGGUGUCUUCACCAGGGACAUCCAGCGUGCCCACAGAGUGGUGGCUGCGCUUCAGGCUGGAAUGUGCUUUAUUAACAACUAUAAUGUCAGCCCAGUGGAGUUGCCCUUUGGUGGAUAUAAGAAGUCAGGGUUUGGCAGAGAGAAUGGCCGUGUGACAAUUGAAUAUUAUUCACAACUAAAGACUGUGUGUGUGGAGAUGGGUGAUGUGGAGUCUGCUUUUUGAAAACGUGCAGAGAAGCCAGUGAACACGGCCGGGCCUGGGAAUAAUGAGAAGCGGCUCUCUUGACCGCGGCGGUGCAGCCACCUACCAGUUUAGAUCCAGAAUGUUGGCCAUUCAGGAUAAGAGAAUGGUUCAGUGUUACUCUUCAUCGCUCAGUCAAUUUCCUAAGUGAAAAUGCGCGUAAGUGCCUUUUAGAUGCUAAUCAAGAAAGCUGUGAUUUUUCCUUAAA